UAAGUAGUGAGCGCUGGAAGUUGGAGUGGAGUGUCUCUGGGGUAAAUGUCGGAGUGUUUGUGUGGAGUCACGGUCGGACUCUCCGCAGUAUUACAUAACCUCAGUCCGGCCGAGUAGCUCCUCCCGGUUCUCCCUCCGCUUCGCCUCCGAACCGACGGACCAAGGUGAGACAGAGAUGGGUGAGAAGCAGGAGAAAAGCCCCGAAGGAGUGAAGUACUUCAGGCUGUCAGAGAUCGAGGAGCAGAACUCCUUCAAGUCCACCUGGAUCAUCAUCCACAACAAGGUCUACGACGUCACCAAGUUCCUGGACGAGCAUCCCGGAGGCGAGGAGGUUCUGAGGGAGCAGGCGGGGGGCAACGCCACGGAGAGCUUCGAGGACGUCGGCCAUUCCACCGACGCCAGGGAGAUGGCCGCCAGCAUGGUGAUCGGAGAGCUGCACCCGGACGACCGACACAAGAUCGCCAAGCCUGUGGAAACGCUGGUUACCACGGCGAAGGAGGACGGCAGCUGGUGGUCCAAUCUGAUCAUCCCGACUCUGGCAGCCGGCAUCGUGACUCUGAUGUACCGCAUCUACACCGCCGACAGCGAGUGACAUCAUCGUCUGAGCGCUGUGAUGUCAUCGUCCGCGGUGCUCGGUGGUGGCUCCUGCCAGCGUAGAGCGGCGGUUCUAGAGCGGACGACUGGCCGCUGUGGACCAACAGCAUCACAUUCCCUCAGUCUGAUCUAGGAUCCACGGCUCUAUGCUGGCCGCCAUGGCAACUCUGAAUUAACCAGAAUUUAACCAACCAAUCAAUGACUCUGAUCCAAUGAAGUUUUCACUGCCGGGCAUUUCUGAUCCAGAUGUUCAUCAGAACCUCAUGAUCUUGCACUGGAUGUAUAAUUAGUUUUUAUAUUUUCAUAACUGAAUGUGAACGAGUUCCUGUCAGUCAGCAGCUAAUGUCGGGUCCAAUCUGGUUCCAGUUGGUUCCAGUUUGGUUCCAGUUUGGUUCUGGUGGCCUCAGUCUGAUGGCUGGGUGAAACCCGACCUGCAGUGUUUCUCUCCAGAACCGGCUUCCCGACUCGUUCUGCACUAAAAAAAACUCUUAAACUGAACGAUGAAAUUCUGACUUUACUUUUUAUGGAACAAGAAUAAAAAAAGUUUGGAUUGGUUUAAAACCUGAGAAUCAUUCCUCCGUCCAGCAGGUGGAGCCCUUCAGACUGAACAGUUUUCCAGAACUUCUGGUCGGUUCGGAUCUGAUGAGACAUGUCCAGGUUCUGUCAGAACCAGAACCCAGUGUUGCUGUAUGAGUGCAGCUGCUUUCUAAUGUAAUAAAGUGAUUGAGACGUU